GCCACAGACAGGCACCCUAAAGAGCGAGUUGAACUGCGGGGAGACUGGAUCAGGAUCAGCCAUGGACCGGAAGGUGGCCCGGGAAUUCCGACACAAGGUGGAUUUCCUAAUUGAAAAUGAUGCAGAGAAGGACUAUCUCUAUGAUGUGCUGCGGAUGUACCACCAGACCAUGGAUGUGGCCGUGCUCGUGGGAGACCUGAAGCUGGUCAUCAAUGAACCGAACCGUCUGCCCCUGUUUGAUGCCAUCCGGCCCCUGAUCCCACUGAAGCACCAGGUGGAGUAUGACCAGCUGACACCCCGACGCUCCAGGAAGCUAAAGGAGGUACGUCUGGACCGUCUGCACCCCGAAGGCCUCGGCCUCAGCGUGCGUGGAGGCCUGGAAUUUGGCUGUGGACUCUUCAUCUCUCACCUCAUCAAAGGUGGGCAGGCAGACAGUGUUGGACUGCAGGUAGGGGACGAGAUCGUCCGGAUCAAUGGCUAUUCCAUCUCCUCCUGUACCCACGAGGAAGUCAUCAACCUGAUCCGCACCAAGAAGACCGUGUCCAUCAAAGUGAGACACAUUGGCCUGAUCCCUGUGAAGAGCUCUCCUGAGGAACCCCUCAAAUGGCAGUAUGUGGAUCAGUUUGUGUCGGAGUCUGGGGGUGUGCGAGGUGGCUCGGGCUCUCCCAGCAACCGGACAGCCAAGGAGAAGAAGGUGUUCAUCAGUCUUGUAGGCUCCCGGGGCCUGGGCUGCAGCAUCUCCAGUGGCCCCAUCCAGAAGCCUGGCAUCUUCAUCAGCCAUGUGAAGCCUGGCUCCCUGUCUGCAGAGGUGGGGUUGGAGACAGGGGACCAGAUUGUGGAAGUCAAUGGCAUCGACUUCUCCAACAUGGACCACAAGGAGGCCGUGAAUGUCCUGAAGAGUAGCCGCAGCCUGACCAUCUCCGUCGUAGCUGGAGCUGGCCGGGAGCUAUUCAUGACAGACCGGGAACGGCUGGAGGAGGCACGGCAACGUGAGCUCCAAAGGCAGGAGCUCCUCAUGCAGAAGCGUCUAGCAAUGGAGUCCAACAAGAUCCUCCAGGAGCAGCAGGAGAUGGAGCGCCAGAGGAGAAAGGAAAUCGCCCAGAAGGCCGCUGAGGAGAACGAGAGAUACCGGAAGGAGAUGGAAGAGAUCGUGGAGGAGGAAGAGAAGUUUAAGAAGCAGUGGGAAGAAGACUGGGGCUCAAAGGAACAGCUCAUCCUGCCUAAAACCAUCACUGCAGAGGUGCACCCGGCGCCCCUUCGCAAGCCCAAAUCCUUUGGGUGGUUUUACCGUUACGAUGGCAAAUUCCCAACCAUCCGGAAGAAAGAAAAAGAGAAGAAGAAAGCCAAGUAUGACAGCCUGCAGGACUUGCGAAAGAAUAAGAAGGAACUGGAAUUUGAGCAAAAGCUCUACAAAGAGAAGGAAGAGAUGCUGGAGAAGGAGAAGCAGCUGAAGAUCAACCGGCUGGCCCAGGAGGUGUCUGAGACUGAGCGGGAAGACCUUGAGGAAUCGGAAAAGACUCAGUAUUGGGUGGAGAGGCUCUGUCAGACCCGCCUCCAGCAGAUUUCUUCUUCCGAGAAUGAGAUUGCUGAGAUGACCACAGGGCCCCCACCUCCCCCACCUUCUGUGUCUCCUCUGGCCCCACCCUUGAGACGCUUCGCCGGUGGGCUCCAUCUCCACACCACUGACCUGGAUGACAUCCCCCUGGACAUGUUCUACUAUCCCCCCAAGACUCCCUCGGCAUUGCCUGUGAUGCCCCACCCUCCAACCAUCAGCCCACCCUCCAAGGUCCCCGCCCCUCCCGUACUUCCUUCAUCAGGCCACGUGAGUGCCUCAUCCUCACCUUGGGUGCAGCGCACUCCGCCCCCGAUUCCCAUUCCUCCCCCUCCAUCCAUUCCCACGCAAGACCUCACUCCUACCCGCCCACUGCCCUCAGCCCUUGAAGAGGCCCUGGGCAACCACCCCUUCCGCACUGGGGACCCAGGCCAUCCAGCUGAUGACUGGGAGGCAAAUACCCACAUUGGGAAACCCACCAGCUCCCCUACCCCUGAGCGGAGCUUCCCACAUACCCCAAAGACAUUUUGCCCAAGCCCACAGCCUCCAAGAGGCCCUGGCGUGUCCACCAUCUCCAAACCUGUCAUGGUCCACCAGGAACCCAACUUCAUCUACAGGCCAGCUGUGAAAUCUGAGGUCCUGCCGCAGGAGAUGCUGAAGAGGAUGGUGGUGUAUCAGACAGCAUUCAGACAAGAUUUCAGAAAAUAUGAAGAAGGCUUUGACCCCUACUCCAUGUUCUCACCAGAGCAGAUUGCAGGGAAGGAUGUCCGACUUCUGCGCAUCAAAAAGGAGGGGUCUUUAGACUUGGCCCUAGAGGGUGGAGUGGACUCCCCGGUGGGGAAGGUGGUCGUCUCUGCUGUUUAUGAAGGGGGAGCUGCUGAACGGCAUGGUGGUGUUGUGAAAGGGGACGAAAUCAUGGCCAUCAAUGGCAAGAUUGUGACGGACUACACCCUGGCUGAGGCUGAGGCUGUCCUGCAGAAGGCCUGGAAUCAGGGCGGGGACUGGAUAGACCUUGUGGUUGCUGUUUGUCCCCCCAAGGAAUACGAUGAUGAGCUCUGGUCUCUUCCCUCUUCUGCAGCAGAAAGCCCCCAGCUGGUCCCAGAGCAACUUGAAGCCCAUGAGGCCGUGUGUAGACACGGGUUCUUCCUGCGGCUGGAGCCCACGGACCUUCUUUUAAAGUUUGGAGAGAGAAGUCAGCCAGACCCUCUCUGGAGCCUGGCAAGCUCUGCACCCAGUCCCUGA